CUCACCCACUGAAUCCCCCUGACACCCCAGACGCCCCGGAAUGGUUGGAUGUGGAUGCCGAUGCCCCUGUCGCUCCCUCCGAAAGCCCAAAGGUCCCCCAAGCAGAGAAGGAAGCUGGCGUGUUUAAAACCGUUCGUUCCUUCGAUGCGGCUGACGACUCCAAAUCUUCCGACAUCUUUGAAAUCUCAAACUCCCUUAGAUCUUCCAAAACAUCCCACUCCUCUAAGACUACCGAAUCCUUCAAAUCUGUUGAUCUGUCCAAAUCCCCGUCAAUCUCCGAAACAACCGACGUGUUCGACGAUCUGAACGACUUUGACAUGAACGAUGGUCAUAAAACUUCAAGCUUCACCAUUGGCUCCGACAUCUCCAAGCUUCCUUACCCGGACUCCGACGAUUCCACAUCCUCCAAAGUUCCGUACGCUCUAGACAACUUCCACGCUUCCAAGACUACGAAGGCACUCCAGAGCCUGGACUUUCCUGACGUCUUCGAUGCCUCUGACAGCUUCGACACUCCAGCCACCCACGGCACCCUGGAUCCCGUCUCUUCCGUCACCCCCUUCACCGCCGAACCACUCGCCUCGACUCUGGUCCAAGACAGCCUUGCUGCCCCUGACGUCUCAGACAUUGUGGACGUAAAGGAUAGUCGCGAGAUCACUGAUUCGUCUAACGACCCUUCCUCUGACAACACCAUCAAUUCCUCUGACAUCCUGGACGUCCCAGUUACCUAUGACGGCCGCACCUCGUCUUACACCACCAAAACCGUCAACAUUUUCCAAACCAUUAAAAUGUGCAAUGCCACUGAUGUCUCCGGCGCGAUCGUCACCCUCAACGCUUCCGACGGCCUUUUCUCGUCCGACGUCAGCACCACCGGGGUCGUCAACCUCACCAGUAAGGGUCUCCGCGCCUUGAACCGCAGCGAUGUCGUAAACGCCAGCAUCUUUCUCAACGAAACCGAUUUCACUUCACCAGACACAGAGCUCUUCUUCGCUCGUAACGUGUCGUCUGAAUGUGUUAACGUAGCUGAAAACCAGAGCGACGCUUUCCGCCGCGGUAACACGGUCACCCCUCCUACACUUCUGGUGAAUCCCCCUCAGCCCCUGUCCCCCGGGCCCGUCCCGCCUGACGUCCCCACGCUCCUGCCCGCGCGCCUGACCGUGGCCGACGUGAUCGGCCUGCCCCUGGCCAAAGCGAGAAACUCGUCAAGCGCGGGGGCGUGUGCGGGCGAGCCCGCCCACGCGCCCGGCUCGGUGGGCGUCGUGCUGCAGGCCGACUACUCCUCCAAC